AUGGGCAUUGCCCCCAUCCCCCCACCCGAGGACCCGGGUCGCCCCCGCCCAUGGGCAUUGCCCCCCCCCCCCGAGGACCCGGGUCGCCCCGCCCAUGGGCAUUGCCCCCAUCCCCCCACCCGAGGACCCGGGUCGCCCCCGCCCAUGGGCAUUGCCCCCAUCCCCCCACCCGAGGACCCGGGUCGCCCCCACCCACGGGCGCUGCCCCCACCCCCCCACCCGAGGACCCGGGUCGCCCCCACCCACGGGCGCUGCCCCCACCCCCCCACCCGAGGACCCGGGUCGCCCCCACCCACGGGCGUUGCCCCCACCCCCCCACCCGAGGACCCGGGUCGCCCCCACCCCCCCACCCGAGGACCCGGGUCGCCCCCGCCCAUGGGCGCUGCCCCCACCCCCCCACCCGAGGACCCGGGUCGCCCUCGCCCAUGGGCGCUGCCCCCACCCCCCCACCCGAGGACGCGGGUCGCCCCCACCCAUGGGCGCUGCCCCCACCCCCCCACCCGAGGACCCGGGUCGCCCCCACCCAUGGGCGCUGCCCCCACCCCCCCACCCGAGGACCCGGGUCGCCCCCACCCAUGGGCGCUGCCCCCACCCCCCCACCCGAGGACGCGGGUCGCCCCGCCCAUGGAUGGCAGGAGGGCCAGUCCUGGAGGGCCCCGCCGGCAGCCGGUGUGGAACACACUCCACGAGUCCCAGGAGCCCAACGAUAUACUGCGGACCCCAGAGGGAGGACAGAGUCGCGGCCGCUCCUCGCCAGGCUUUCCCCGCACCAGGCCCCGCCUGCCCGCGCCCCAGGGUGCAUUCGGCGCCUCGUGGCCCCCACGGCCCCCCGUGUGCGUGGGCUGCGGCCCGGCCCUCCGCGCCCCCGCAGACGGAGCGGGCUGGGCAGAGCCGGGGUGGCUGGGGCUGCCGGAGGGGUGGGAGCACCAGGCCUUCACCCGCAGCCUCGGGGAGGACGGCUCCCACCCUUCUCACCAAGCUGAAGCUGGCCAGGGCACCCAGGGCUGCCGCCGCCUCCCACGGCAGCCGUGA